UGUCUUUCUUAUUUAUUAGGGUGGAUAAUUUGCAUUUCACAAGAGAAUGAAGAACUGAUGCUCACCUCAAAGAAUCAUUAAACUACACUCAGAUGUAGCAAUCAAGUGCUCUUGUUGGCUGUACGAUAUGAAGAAGAAGAAGAAAAAAGAUCAGUUUACAAAUUUUAAUGCAUUUGCUAAGACCUUAAAGAAACUCAGAUACAAAAACAACAACAACUCAUCCAUUAAACUUAAGAGUGAUUUCACUCCAGAAAGAUCCAGCCUGUCUGUGUCACAUAGAAAGGGGCUAGAUGGUUGGUUGUCUUACUGACUGACAAACUGUAGGAGUGCCAGUCAGGAGAGGCUUUUAUGACACUAUAGAUCAAAGUCCACCUGUGGGCCUCAAACAACCAUCAGUCCAGUGGGGCUGUUGGGUCUGCCUGCUGGCCUUUCUCCGCCUGGCCUGCAGUGUCUGUCUGGUCUACAGAUCUCUGUGACAAUGAAGAUCAGGGUGGACUGACAGGGGAGUUCAAGCUAAGCCCCACCUGCCAGAAUGGACCUAGCUGGUUAUCAACCACAACUGCCGCAGCCUCUUGUCCACCGCCCCGACAACUGUCCAAACAAUCUCUUCAAUUUGGAGGGAUCGUCAACAUCUGAGGAGUUAAAGGCAGAGCCAAGUGGGAGACCAGAUCCUGAGGAGGCUUGCCCCGUCUGUGGAGACAAGGUGUCAGGAUACCACUAUGGACUGCUCACUUGCGAAAGCUGCAAGGGAUUCUUUAAACGCUCAGUGCAGAAUAGCAAGCAUUACACCUGUGCAGAACAGCAGAGCUGCCCCAUGAACCUUUCCCAGAGGAAACGUUGUCCCUUUUGCCGCUUCCAGAAGUGUUUGGCAGUUGGCAUGAAAAGAGAAGCUUAUCUAAGAUGUCAUAAACAAGUGCAGGUACUGCCUGCAACGUCCCAGAUGACACGUACAUUUUUAUCAUCUGUAAGAGCAGAUCGUAUGAGAGGUGGCAGGAAUAAAUUUGGGCCUCUGUAUCGACGAGACAGGCAGAUGAAACAGCAAAGGGCUUAUCUCCAGGCAGACACCGUUCCCCACAGGAUUAAGAUGGAAACUACACAAACACACCGAGCCACAGCUACAACUGACCACAUGUGCACUUCGUUGUCCUCUGAUGCUGUUCAUCAACCCCACAUGCAUCCCUCUACAGUGGUGCAGUCAGGAGUGUCAAUGCCUCUGGACUGCUUAGUGAACACAGACAGGAUGACAACUCCUCCAUCCUUGCCCUGUCCUGGACUUUACUACUGCACACUCCCUGGAUUUGUCCAGGAGAAAAGAGAAAUGGCUUUUAGCUGCAGCACAGCCCCUAAUAAUUAUCCAAUGCAGCCAAACAGUGCAUUCCCACCAAAAGGCACAUCAGCAUCGCCCCCCACCUCAACACCAAGCUCAACCAACCCCCUCUCACAAGCUCUCACUCAAACCUCAGACACUGCCCACUCUGCCAAUCAUUCAACCAACUUCCUAAGUCAACUCCUGGAAGGAGAGCAGGAUGAGAGCCAUCUGUGUGCCAAGGUCCUGGCCAGCCUGCAGCGAGAACAGGCCAAUCGAGGCAAACAUGACCGCCUAAAUACAUUCAGCAUCAUGUGCAAAAUGGCUGACCAGACUCUGUUUGGUCUUGUGGAGUGGGCCAGGAACACGGCUCUCUUCAAGGAGCUCAAGGUGGAGGACCAGAUGGUGCUGCUGCAGAGCUGUUGGAGUGAGUUGCUGGUCCUCGACCACCUGUGUAGACAGGUGGCCUACGGCAAAGAGGGAUGCAUAUAUCUGGUCACAGGACAACAGAUAGAGAUGUCGAACAUCGUCUCUCAGGCAGGAGUGACACUGAGUAGCCUGGUAUCAAGGACCCAAGACCUGGUUUCCAAGCUGAAGACACUCCAGUUAGACAGACAUGAGUUUGUCUGUCUUAAAUACUUGGUGCUAUUCAACCCUGAUGUGAAACAUGUGCAGAGUCGCAGGCAGGUGGAGCAAAUUCAAGAGAGGGUCAAUAGGGCCCUGAUGGAGCACACCCAGCAGAGUCACCCAGGACAUGCAGACAAGUUUGGCCAGCUGCUGCUUCGCCUCCCUGAGGUUCGCAGCAUAAGUUUGCAGGUUGAGGAGUAUCUGUAUCAGCGCCAUCUUCUGGGAGAUUUGCCCUGCAACUCGUUGCUUGCCGAGAUGCUUCACACCAAGCACAACUGAUGCCAUUAGGUUUUUCUUUAGAAGGGGCAAUACUUACUGUACUUCAUUCCAGUUCCACUUAUCUAUAGUAUUAACACAGCCACAACACCCAUUAAAUAUUUUUGGGCAGUAUUGUUGUGAUAUUUCCGAUCAAAGCCCUGCUGUGAUGUUUUAAUUAGCAGGAGGACCUGCUUUUCAAGGAAGGAAGAAAAACACUUGAAUAAAGAAAUGUGGUUUUGCACGUGUUGCCUGUGUGUUCUAAAAUUCUACUAAGUGAUGCUGAUGCAAAUGGAAAAAAAAACAUUUGGGAACGUAAAAAAAAAUAAAUAACAUAACGAUGAUUCAAAA